CGAACCCCGCCCCCGGGCCCCGCUUCCCGCCGCGGCAGGAAGGAAGGACGAGCGGGCCUCGGCGCUGGUGCUGCCCGCGCGGACCCACAUUUACGUUGAUCGUUGGAGAAAACUCCACAAGUGAUGGAGGACUCACUGAAUGAAGACUCUCAGCCAUGGUAUAAUCAACAAGUAUAUGCAAGAUACUGGAAGCAUUACAGUCAAGCCAUGCAUUGGAUGUACAAGCACAAAAAUGCCUACAGGAAAGCCAUGGAGUCCUUUUAUCAUCUGUCAUGGUAUCCAUCCGAAACCUUUCCUUCAAGCCGUUACUCAGAUUGGGAUGGAGGCAACCCAUCAGAUGCUGACAACUAUUCUACUGACGCUCCAAACAGCAGAGUGCGAUACCCUUGCUGGCCCCAGCAAUACCCAGGUGCCCAUUGCAGUUCUGGAGUGAGCAAGGAUAUGGGCAGGGAUUCUGAAAUGGAGAAGGAUUCUGAGUCUGAAGAGGAGAUAGAAUGUGACCUGAGCAACAUGGAGAUCACAGAGGAGCUCCGCCAGUAUUUUGCACAGACAGAGGCGCACAGGCAGGAGUUACGGAAGCAGCAGCAGCUUGAAGCCGAGCACCAGGAUAUGUAUGUCGAAGCUGAUCACGACCUGCACCUAACAACACGACGUUCGGUACAACCCCCUGCAGAAAGACCCGGGGAGAGACGUAUGGCUGAAAUGAAGAAACUCUAUGGUGUGGGUGCGGCCAAAAUCCAAGCCAUGGAGACUGCCAUGCAACUUGCCUUUGAUAGGAACUGUGAUAAAAAGCAGCCCAAGUACUGGCCUGUUAUCCCCCUGAAACUGUGAGCUGUAUCAUCUUCUGUACUAGCAGUCCAGCGCUGCAGCUGUGGGUGCCCAAUCAGGCUACAUAACUCAAUGAAUGAAUCGGGGUCGUCACUUGUUCUCCUUUCCCCUCCUGCCAAACACACUCCCCCUCUUCUUUUUAAUCUGUCUACCAGAGUUUUCAGAACCUAUAGCAUCUCCACAGGGAAGUGCUAAAUUAUUGAUUUGUACUGUAGUGAAAUUUUACUUCUUUUAAAAUAUAUAUUUCACUAAUUUAAUGUUGGUCUGCCUGGACCAUGCGUGCAGGAAAUGCAGUAGCAUUUGUUUGCACUUAGUGAGCUGGGAAGACUGUUCAGCAACACAAAAAUCUCUACAAAUGAUCCACUUAUUUAUUAUUUUUAAUGUAGUAGCCUUGAGAUCCAUUUUAACACAGUACAGCUUGAAGUGUUGUGAAUUCUGAACCCUCAUCCUUGAUUUGGGGAUCCUGCAGUCAAUUGGCCAAGGUACAAAAUACUAAAUUACUGUAGCUUAGCCAUUUGAAUGCUCUUUGAAAGCUUUAUAAUAAGGCAGGAAUUUUUUAUUCCAAUCUGAAACUUGGCAGGCAGAAUUUCAAUCCAGAAGCAAACUUAUAUGAAAACAUUAAAAAAGAAAUUUUGGCCAUUUUUAUUAUACAACUGUUUGGCAUGGUAGCAAAAAUGUCUAAUUGAUUUGAUACAUAAAAAAAAAAAAUUAAACCAACAGAGAGGAUUAGGUUCCAGUUCUGUCACCGUUCACUCACACUGAGUAGUGUCUUACUCAACUAAUAAUUCCAUUGAUUUGUGAACUCACUGAGUAAGCAAUACUCACUAUGAAUAAAGGAGGCAGAAUUGAGCCCUUAAUGUUGAAACGUGAGUACUCUGGAUAUGUAAUCAUGAAAAUCCUUCUGAAAAGCAGCUAUGUGUCACUAUUGUAUACUUAGUUUUCACCAAAACAAGUUUUCACCCAGUCAAAGUAAUACAGACUUCAGACAUUUUUCUGUAGAAAGAGUUGUGUAAAGAAAAUGAUGAUUAAAUGGCCUCUCUGUGUAAUAUGCAGUAUUUCCAUGCUACAUUAUAAGUGGUUCCAAAGAAACGUGUUAGUGACUUAACUGUCAUAAACAUGGGUGACCCGUUUUUGCGGUAUUGAAGGCUGAGGCUGAAGUUCCAACCGUUUAAUUUGCUCUAGCUAUGUCCUGUACUUGCCUAUACGGUCUAGCUGUUAUAGCAUGUGUGGCAUAUAAUAAACCACAUUAAUCUCUCUGCCCUUUGCUAUAUACUGGUAGACUAGAGCAAAUUUCAGAUUUAACUUUGAAUGUCCUUGUUCUUAUCACUUGGUGUUACAGCAUCAAAAGUACUUCUUUUUUUAUUCUAACUGAACAUAACAUGAAGCGGUAAGAUUGAACUCCUUAAAAUUAAAAGCUUCCAGACCCCAGGACUCAUUACUGAUGUAAUUGAACUAACAAGCUUGUACACAGGGAAAAAAAUAAGUUGGGGUUGUGAAAUGUAAUCCUGCCUUUGGUGUACUUUAAUUUUGUCAUGGUAUGUAUGUUAGCGAUCGACUACGAAAUGUCAGGAAUAGUGUUUUUGUUAGGAUCUCUCUUGGUUGACAGAAUAAACUUUUAUCUUCUCAUAAAAA